AUGCGUGUGCUGUGGGUGUGGUUUGUCGCGCUGUGCAUGCUCACACGUGGCGCGGCAUGCCUGUACAUGUACUUUGAGGCCGGAGAGGUAAAGUGCUUUUAUGAGCAGCUGCCUCUGGACACGAUUGUGGUGGGCCACUAUUUCACAGAAGAAUGGGACGACGCACACAACCAGUACGACAUCCCUACGGAGCUUGGGAUCGGGAUCGUGGUGCGCCAUACCCCAACGAACCACAUUCUUGUCUCGGCGCAUGGAAAGCCCGCGGGCAAAUUUGCGCUCACAACGCACGAGGCGGGAAUGCACGAGAUCUGUUUGCAGACAGAGUACCACGGCGCGCGGCUCAAGAAUGGGCACUUUCCGGAGCUGCGUAUGCACAUUGAUAUCGUGAUUGGCGAUGCACACAGGUCUACGUCUGCACAGGACAAGGUGCACUCGGACGAUUUGCUGUCGCGAGCGCGAGCGCUGAAUGCAAAAAUGCGCGAUCUGCACAAGGAGCAGCAAUACCAGCGCGAGCGCGAGAUGAGCUUCCGCGAUCUGAGCGAGGCGACGAAUACGCGUGCAGCGUGGUUUAUGGUAUUCCAGUUUCUCGUGCUCGUGAUUGCCUGUAUCUGGCAGCUGCUGAAUCUGCGCACGUUUUUCGAGGAUAAAAAGUUGCGGUAG